GUACAAAGAAAAUCAUAAGACAAUCAAAUUGUCGUAUUUAACGUUGAAGUACUUAAACAGAGUCAUAUAUCAUCUAUAAGAGCCGGCUGGAAAAAAAAGCCCACAAAUUUCCUUUGUUUUGCCGUUUUCUUCCUCUUAACUUUGAGGUUUCAACUGAUCAAAUCAUCUCUUUAUUUUUCGUCAACAUGAACGACUUACUCACGGAUUCAUUUGUUGCUGAUGCCCAAGGCCAUGGUGAUAUCGAAAUGGGAAGACAGGUUCCAGGAAGUAACUCCGACAUGGGAAUGGAAACUUUCAACAAGCAGAUACAAGAGGUUGAGAAACAGGUGGAGAAGCUCUCUGGGUUACUUAGGAAACUUAAGGAUGCUAAUGAGGAGUCAAAGUCUGUUACAAAGGCAUCCGCUAUGAAAGCUAUCAAGAAGCGAAUGGAGAAAGAUAUUGACGAUGUUGGAAAGAUAGCACGUAAUGUCAAAGCACGAUUAGAAGCAAUCAAUAAAGAUAACUUAGCCAAUCGGCAGAAACCUGGAUGUGAGAAGGGAACAAGCAUUGACAGAUCCAGGAUGAAUGUUACAAAUGCUGUGGCAACAAAAUUCAAGGAUUUGAUGAUAGAGUUUCAGACUCUCAGACAAAAGAUACAGGAUGAGUAUCGUGAGGUUGUGGAAAGAAGGGUCAUUACAGUUACUGGGACCAGACCAGAUGAACAGACAAUUGACCGCCUCAUUGAAACUGGAAACAGUGAGCAAAUUUUCCAGAAGGCAAUUCAAGAACAGGGACGAGGACAGAUACUAAAUACAGUGGAGGAAAUCCAAGAAAGGCAUGAUGCUGUGAUGGAGAUUGAGAAAAAGCUUCUUGAUUUGCAACAGAUUUACCUUGAUAUGGCAGUUCUUGUUGAAGCUCAAGGAGAAAUUUUAGAUAACAUUGAAAGUCAGGUUUCAACUGCAGUCAGUAACGUCCAGUCAGGGACAACUGCACUUCAAAAUGCAAAGAAACGACAGAAGAGUACACGAAAGUGGAUGUGCAUUGCCAUUAUAAUUCUCCUAAUCAUAGUUGCUGUUAUAGUUGUUGGAGUACUAAAACCUUGGAAGAAUAGUUAGGCUGCUUGAGUUGUUUCCCAUUUGUUGCUUGAUCAUGUAGUUAUUUUGGAAGCACUAGUUUUACUUGUCAAGGCGUGCAUGUAGUUAUUUUGUUUGGAAGAUUGGUUAGGCUGCUUGAGUUGGUUCCCUUUGCAUGAUUCUUUUCACCAUUUGUUUUGAAUACUUGCUUCUUUUCAUUGCUUUCUUUCAUUCUUUAUUUCUUUUUUUUUUUAAUUUUAAAAUUAAUUUGUGAAGUUUGGUUUUGUUAAAUAUUGAGGUGAUUCGAAGAACAUCUUUUGCUACCUCUAUUUGUGGAAAUUAUCUUGUUUUUGUCACCUAUUCUGGCCACACAUAUUACUGAUAAUGGGAUUCCUUUUUUUUUUUUUUUUUUCGAUUUUAUCAAAAAUUGAAUUUUGAUACUAAAACUAAAAUAUCAACACUCUACCAAUAGAUUUUCUAUUCGAACCCCACAAUACCCUUUAGAUGAGCUUUGAGUAUGUAUAUAAUCGAAAUAAAAUUCAAAGCACUAGUUGUUUGUAAAGUUGAUUGAGUUUUUGUUAAGUCGACUGGAUUAAACUCAAUUGAGCAAUGUUGGUCUUACAGUCUUCUGAUCAACCAUGUUUUGAAGUCAUUCGUUAUUGAUGGGUGGGUUUGGUUGGGGGGGCUCAGCAUUAGGCCACCGACCCAUUAUGA